AUGGCUCCCACGCUCACUACCGCCGCCCUGGCGGGUGCCGCUGCCAUCCUCGUGGCGAGACAGGAGGUCAACGCGGCCGGGGAGGAGAGUAACUUCAAGCAUUACACGCCCAGCAAGGCACUGGCACUCGCGUUUGCAGCAUUAUUCGGCGCCAGUUCGAUCUGGCACACGUGGACGAUGAUUAAGAGAAAGGCCUGGCUCUACACCGCGUUCGUGUGUGGUGGCUGGAUGAUGACCAUCGGUUUCAUCGGCCGCUAUAUGGCCGCCAACGACGUGUUUGCCAGCGGACCGUACAUCAUUCAAGCGCUCUUCCUGAUCCUGCCGCCCUCCCUCUACGCCGCGACGAUCUACAUGAUGUACGGACGGAUCGUCGUCUUCGUCGAAGCCCCCGAAGCCUCCCUCAUCCGGCCCAAGUGGGUCACCAAGAUCUUCGUGACGGGUGAUCUGCUCGCCUUCGUGAUGCAGGGUGGUGGUGGUGGUCUCACGGCAUCUGACAACCCCGACACCGCCAUGAUGGGACAAGACAUCCUCAUGGCCGGUCUGGUCGCCCAGCUCAUCUUCUUCUGCUUCUUCCUGCUCAUCUCGCUCGUCUUCUGGAAGCGCAUGCGCUCCAGCCCAACCUACUACUCCAUGCCCAAGUACGGCAAGUACUCGUGGCAGCAACUGCUGAAGCUGCUCCUCGCCGCCGCCGCCAUCAUCAUCUUCCGCUGCGUCUUCCGUAUCAUCGAGUUCUCGCAGGGUGACGACGGCGCCCUCAUGAAGAAGGAGUGGUACAUCUACGCCGGUGACUUCGCCCCCAUGCUGUUCGUCCAGUGCGCUUUCCACUGGAUGCACACCCAGGACGUCUUCCCCCCGGGGGGCGUCUCCGGCAAGACGGCUUCGGAAGGUGGAGAGUUUGUCGAGCUCGGCCAGCGCGCGUCGCGCUAG